UUAACUUGCAGUUUUGAUCGAGAGAAGAGACCAGGUCUCAAGUCUCUCUGCGAUAUCAUCAUAACAUUUCUUUCAGUACCAUUAGAGUGUUUUCAAUUCUUCUAUCAUAUAACUCUUUCGCUGCCAUCAAAUGGCCAUUUAGCCAGAGAAAAGGCAUAUUCUUUCUAUUUCAUCGCAGAUCGCGAGCGUUAAAGUAUCUUCAAUCCAGGAGGACCUUCAGCAAGAACCCAUCAAUAUGCUAUUCUCUCCUCCCUAUAUAUUCGUGCUUCUUGCCGGGAUAUUUGUUAAUGUUUUAGUUCACGGUCUUUCACCUACCGACGAAUAUAGAGAUGCAGAUCUGCAGCAAACAGGAUACCUGUGGGUACUUUUCCUCUUUAUAUAAAGGAGAAACACUGAGUAAUAGCUAGAUCUAAUCAUAACAUGGACCCGGGAAUUAUUGACAGCUCAUCAUUCGGGCAACUGUGGAAAGUUGCUUUCAAUUUCCAAGAGCAAGUUAGUACUAUCACCAUGUUUCCAUUCCGAUUACAGCACUUUCUUCCGAUUUCAGCAUGCGAAGUUCGUUGCAUUCUGCAAUCCUACAUACCGAAUACUGUGCAUCAUUUAUUCAAACAUUGAGAUUUGCAUGUUUGGACCCCUGCAUUUAUGUUGUGCUAGUGUACUAUCUGGCAUGGGGUCACUUUGCGCAUGGCAUGAGUGAUUGCUAAUGAAUUCAGUUCUAUGCUAAACCAUUAACUUAUACACCACUUACGGGAGGCCCUCAGUUGUUAUUCCUUGCAUCCAGCCAAAACUACAUCAGAACUCUCAAUGCCGAAACGGGAGUGCUCAUAAACUCAAGACAAGUUCAUACCCCAUUCUUACAAUCUGAUAUAGGAUGUACAGGUAUGUUUUAAUGUGAAACAAAAGUUAAAUGUCACGAAGCUGACCGCUUGCGAGACAUUCCCAAUUUCAUCGGUAUUAUAGGUAAUUAAGAGAGAGAUAUUUAUCCACCCUUUACAUCACUAAUCAAGCUAAAGGCACACCCAUCAUUGACCCCGCCACUGAUAUAGCAUAUUUCUUCGCCAAAACUUACAUACCAAAUUAUAGAGUUCCAGGUAAUACUGGGACGGCGAAUGGCGUUUACUACUUUCAUGCGGUCAAUAUUAGUACUUUACUUGACGUAUUUCCACCAAUACUUAUCGAUGGUGCAGUUGCAGAUAAUGCCCCCCAAAAGUAUUUCAUUGGAGGAGUGAUUCUACAACGUCCUUCAUUGACACAGGUUGGCAGUGUGGUGUAUGGCUCUUUCGGGGGUCAUUGUGAUCUCUUCAAUUACACUGGUCUGGUGAUGGGCAUCGACAUCAAUAAAGCCAAGAUUAUCACCAACUGGGCAGUCGAAAGUGGACCAUUAGUUGCGCAGACAAAUGAUUUACUCCAAGGAGGAGGAGGUGGAGAAGGUGGGAUAUGGAUGAGUGGAAUGGGAUUGGCGACUGAUGGAGCUAGGAUUUUUCUUGUAACCGGGAAUGGUGGUGUAAGUAUCCCCUGUUCCUGAGAUAGUAUGUCAGUACUGUACAAUGACUGACGAUUCUAGGCUCAUCAAAAUCAAGGAACUCCAGCUUCUGGUUCGAGUGGAUGUCAAACCUUGGGGGAAGCAACUAUCAAUCUAGCCUUGGAUAACACUGGGGUAAUUUCUGUGUCCGAUUAUUUUCAACCUUACGACUAUCAAAACAUGGAUGCUGGAGAUCAAGAUUUUGGUAGUGGAGGCAUUGUUCUACUUGAUCCGACAGUUUUCAAAGGCACAGGUGUGGAUAAAAUGGCCGUCACUGCUGGCAAAAAUGGGAAAAUCUACAUUCUCAAUGCGAAUAAUCUUGGCGGGUACAAGCUAGGCCCAGGGCAGACUGACAAUAUCCUGCAAACUAUCGUAACAAACGCAGCCGUGUUUGGUGCCUGCGGCUCUUAUCCUCUUGAGGGUGGUUUCAUUUAUUGUACCCCUGUCGGCUUAGCAACAUCGGUCUAUCAGCUCACAUUCACGUCUAGCGGUGUUCCCCAAUUCUCUAAGAUUGGUCAAACUAAUGAGAUAUCUGCAGGUCGCGUUGGUGUAGGAAUUCCAACUGUUACCAGCUUCAAUAAUCGAAUUGGGACGGCCAUUCUUUGGAUGACAGAUCCUGAUGCUGGGCUCCGUGCAUGGUAUGCUGUUCCUCAAAAUGGUGUCUUACAGAAAAUAAAGAUACCACAAAUUGGAGGUGCGAACAAAUUCCAGCGUCCAGCUUUCGGAGACGGUCGAGUAUAUACAACAGAUUCAAAUGGCGUUCUUUAUUGUCUCGGAGCACCUGUUAACCUUCCUCGUGAGUGAUGUUAUGUUCUCACAUCAUCAAACCUUUUUGUCUGAUUGCCGAGAAUCUGAGAUAACAUAUGCUAACUCAAUAUGAAAUAUGUAGUAAAUUGCACUUCGCCAAUUGAUUUCGGGGCUGUAGCCCUUGGAAAUAAGUCGGUUCAGAAUGUUAGUUGUACUGCCAUUAUUGCGAUUACUUCAAUAAAUGGUGCGACCGUCGGGAAUGGAUAUUUCUCAGUCAAUAAUUCAACCUUGCCGACCGGACCCUUGAAUGCGGGUGCCACAUUUAUAUUCCCCGUCACUUGGGACUUGACGAAUGUUCAAGUGGGAGCCACGGCGAACACUUCUUUUGGAAAUGUAUCUCCUGGAAUCAAAAGCACCCCCUUGACAAUUUUAACGACAAAUGCGGUAGCUGGCUAUGCUACCCUUUACCCAAUAAGUUUGACUGGUACUGAGGUGUCCUCAAAACCCUUCCUGGCAAUUGCUCCUACCACCGUGGACUACGGCGGAAUUAUUAUCACGAAUACUAGUAAUAUCAAUCCUCAGUCUGCUAUUUUCACGAUAUCGAAUAAAGGAUUAGUGGCCAUGACAAUUACGGGGUAUGCAUACACUGCGGAUGAGUUGGAUGAUAAUCCAGUCUUCAUCAAUAGCACCGUGAUAAACGGGGCAUGGGACUUGGGGUUUGGAUACUUCACUGCAGUAGGUCUUCCAGCGAUCGGAAGUCAGGUGGCCCCAAGUUCGCAGAUAUCUAUACAAUCCUCUUUUGACCCGACCAAUGGAACUGGAUCGUAUAAUUCUUACUGGCAAGUCUGGUCAGAUGGAGGUUCAGUCAAUAUCAUUCUUGAGGGUAUUGCCUCCACGGCCCCGAUAACAAAUUUUUCAAUUAGUAAUGGUGAAGGCGGCUGGCUUCCCCAAGCUAAUCUUCUCAUGGACUUUGGAAAAGUAGCACCUGGAAGUUCGUCUUCGCAGCAGAUACGAAUCUGUAAUGUAGGAGGUUCCUCGCUAGAAAUUAGCAAAAGCAAACCACCAAACGGUGUAUUUCAUAUCAGUGACCCCACUGAACUGCACGAAUCACAACAGGUAGCUGUCAAUGAUUGUGCAUAUGGAACCGUUAUUUUCUCCGCAAAUGUGGAAGAAUACAAUAAGCCAGACCUGCUGCUAAAUAAUACUUGGACGUUGAACACAGAUGAUGUUAACUGGGGAGUUCACGUUGUCGAAAUUAGUGGCACCGUCAUUUCGAAGAAAGUUGGCCCGAUAAAUUCUACGACUGGACAAACAAUUUAUAAUUACCUCGGAUGUUUUCAAGAAUCCACGACGGGACCACGUCUAUUUCCUAAUCAAGGUUACACUCCUAAUACAACCGCCAAUGAUAAUAAUAUGUGCCAGGAAGCAUGUUACGGACUGGCACAAUACAGCUUCGCUGGUACCGAAUACACGAGCCAAUGUUGGUGUGGAAAUACUCCACCUCCACUUGCCGCACAAGAUGUUACUGAUGCGUUGUGCAAUUUUGCUUGCCCCGGUGAUUCUAAUGAUGCUUGUGGUGGGACUGGUUAUAUUUCAGUCUUUUAUAAUCCUACAGAAUAUGUCGCUGGAAGUGAUCCAUCACUGUAUGGUCCUAAGACAGUCAGCAGUGUUGGUAAUUACAAUUAUCUCGGAUGUUACAGUGAAGGGACAGCUGGUCGUGCCUUGGCCGGUUUGAGUCCCCAAGCACCGCCUACAGGAUUCACGAUCGAGUUAUGUGCUGCUGGCUGUCAAGGAUUCACAUACUUUGGUAUGGAGUAUGCCAACGAAUGCUACUGCGGUAAUCUGAUAGGUGUCGGUUCGGUCAACCAGAGUAGCGGUACUCCAAGUAUCAAUGGUUGCUCUAUGCUUUGCAAGGGCAAUGCGAAAGAAUAUUGCGGAGGACCGGGAAGGCUGGAUGUAUAUAUGCUAAACACCGCUAGCUCGAGUACUACUUCAUCAACUUCUACGGCGCAAACCACAUCUACCUCCACAUCCCCUUCAUCAUUCUCAACAUUAUCUACACCCUCAACGCCCUCAUCGACUUCAUCAACAUCAGCUAUUCCCACACCCACAGGUCCCAUCACAGUGACAAAUGUCCCCGGUUAUGAUUAUCUAGGAUGUUACAGCGAGGCAACCACAGGCCGUGCUCUCUCUGGUCUACAGCCCGCCCCUCCAGUUGGUGGUUUCACAAUAGAGUCUUGCCAAAAGAUUUGUUCCGGGUUUGAAUACUUUGGAAUGGAAUAUUCUAAUGAGUUAGCCCGCCCUGCUCUAUCUUGCCUACCGUGAUUACUUACCUGAUUUAGAUGCUACUGUGGUGCCACUAUAAACGCAGGAUCUGUUCUUCAGGCUGGCAUAAUACCCACUAUAAAUGGAUGUGAUAUGUUAUGUGCUGGUAACGCAAGUGAAUACUGCGGGGGUUUGUCCACCUAUCCUAUCCUACUCAGACCCCACAAAAGCAAACAUACUAAUCCAUCCGAAACAGGUGGCUCUAGACUUAAUAUGUACCAACUCAACGGCACUACUUCGACACCCCCUACAGGACCUAUUACAGUUACAAAUUUAACAGGAUGGAAUUAUCUAGGUUGCUACAAUGAAUCUACCACCGGUCGUGCAUUGAGUGGCCUAGAAAAUCCAAUUCCAGGUGCGAAUAAUAGCGUAGAGGCUUGUUCUACUGCUUGUGCGGCCUGGACUUAUUUUGGGGUUGAAUAUGGUGAGUUUGGAACUCUUAGCCGCACAUAGAAGGAGGAUUUUUUACUUGGGGCUGGAUUUGAUAAUAGGAUGAAAGCAGAAUGGUGCUAAUGUUAAACAUGUAAUUUAGGCAGUGAAUGUUAUUGCGGCAACACGAUCAAUACAGGCGCGACAUUGCAAGUUGGCACAACGCCGAGUGCCACAGGAUGUAGUAUGAUUUGUAGGGGAAAUGGGACGGAGUAUUGCGGGGGAAGUUUGAGGUUGAAUUUGUAUCAGGUUCUGUGAGGAGGGAUUGCGGGGAAGGGCUGAGCGGUAGCGGUGGAGAGGUGAUAUUUGGGAUGAAAUUGUGGUGAAAAUUUAGAGUGAGACGAUGGGAUGGAAAGGAAAGGAAAGGAGGGAUAAAUUUCUUUGCUUUUGAGAUCACGGUAAUAUGCAUCACGAUUUCUACAACGGAACUGGGGUAUACUUGCCGCUCGACUCCAGUUGAUGACGAUCUUAAAUUACUUUUUUCUACAGAAUAGAUUCGAAAUCUGAUAGCUAGCGGGAAGCGGCAGCAUUAACUGGAGAAGGAUAGGGAUUUGCGUUUGCAUGGCUUAUCUGACUAUUCAAACGGGACUUACUGACUGAUGGAGAAGUGGGAAAAUCCUUAGAAGUUUACCUAGUGAAACACGAAAUGCAUCUUUUUGGAAAUGAUAUAUGAGCAAGCAAAAAGACUUCGAUCGAGCGGGGUAAUUUUAUGUUGGGUGUGAGAAUAUAAGCAAUUAGAUAUUAUUUGCGCACAAGGUGG